AUGGAAGGAGCAGCACUCCAUUGGCUUCGAUGGCUCCAGCAACAAUCUCCAAUGAUUACCUGGGAUCAAUUGAAGGAAGAACUCGUUGACCAAUUCGACGGGGACUUAGCAGCAAGUCCCAGCGAACACUUGGCUGCCUUACACCAAACAAGAUCUCUGGAUGAUUACGCCAAUGAAUUUCGAGCGAGAGCAGCCCAAGUCCCAGGCCUGGAUUCACAACUUCAGCUAGGGUUUUUCUUAAAUGGACUCAAGGAAGAAAUAAGGGUUCGAUUGCGCCCAUAUGAUGUGCUCGAUCUACGAACGGCCAUGAAAGUUGCUCGGUCUGUUGAACGAGAAUUGGAUUUCUUAAAUUCCAAAUAUGGAAGAUUUACUACUGGGUAUGGUUUAGGCUUCCAACCGAGGCCCAUUAAUCCUUCUCGUUUUGAACCACCAAAACUAAACAACACCUUAACAACCGGCCAAAAUAAGAAUUCUGCAGCCCAGUACAAGCCCAAUGAUCACUUCAAACUACUUCCAGGCGGCACAGGUUCCUCCUCUUCACAACUACCGCGACACAACACAACACAGAAAAGUAGAGUGGCACGCCAAUACUCCCAUCAAGAAUAUUUGGACAUGCGUGCGAAGGGGUUGUGUUUUCGCUGCAAACAACCUUACAACCCGAUGCAUGAUUGCCCUCAAAAAUCAUUACGUGCUCUCAUCGCAGCAGAAGACGAGAUCACUGAUAUCAUCUCCGACUUCAGACUAGAAGAAUCCCAACAACAUCAAGCAGAAACCAGUGAAGCUCAGCUCCAUUUUCUAGAUCUACCUUUGACGGCGAUAGGUGGAAUAGAUGGACCACGGACAAUGAAAUUUUCAGGUCAUGUGUACGGUGAACCAGUGACUAUUAUGGUAGAUAGUGGGGCAAGCCACAACUUCAUCUGA